GCGGGGCGAGCGAGCAAUGGAGGCCGCCGCCGCUUCGUUGCCUAGGCUUAAGCGGGAGUCGCUGCCGCCGCCUCCUUCCGCGGGUGCCAGCAGCCGGGUCUGGAGACUUAGCAACUUGGUCAUGGCCGUCUUCUUUGGACUCGCCGGGGCCGUGCAGGUCAAUGACCCAGAUCCAGGACUCUGGAUAGUUGCCUACUCUGUACCUGCAGCUCUCACACUGGUUGUCAGCCUCAGUCCACCAAUUGCAGACAAUAUUGUGUGGCGGAGUCUGUCAGAUCUACAUUCAGCUGCUUGUCUUGUGGGUUCUGCCAUCUUGGGGUAUUCCUUGUUUACUAACGCUCAGAAAAGCAUCUUGCAUGAGGAAGAAGGCAGGGAGUUAUUUGGUCUGUUGAUUGUUACCGUCUGGAUGAGCCUUUGUCGUUGUUCAGCCAAAAAUUCCCUGGGUGGGGUUCACUUGGCCAUUGCAAUCUUCCUCUCCCUUUUCCCCUUUGUAAUGUGGCUGUACAUCUACAUGAAUGCAGAGAUGCGAACAUCCUGGCCGUCUCACUGUAAAACAGUUAUUUAAGGUGGAA